AUAAAAUCAUAUUAACUUUGACAAACCAAAAUUUAAAUAUAAAUGUAUUUUAACUAAAUUUAGUUUAUAUAUUUUCAAAACAAUAUUUAUUAAAAAUAACUUUAUACAAAUAUUGUAAAUAUGUUAAUUAUAACUUCAACUAAAAAGCUGAAAAAAGCAUUAUCCAGGGACCCUCAAAAAGAGAUUUAUCCUGAUCACAAGUUAAAUUUAAACUAUUGUUACAUAAUUACCAAUGCUAAAUGGAUUUAGUUGUAAUUAGGUCCGGUUCUAGGGUAGUGCUGGUGGAGCAAAAACACAAGGUCCAACAAUUUUUCAAAAAAUUUAGUUGGUUUUGGGACCCUAGUUUCAGAAAAAAGAGCCCAAAAUUUUUAACAAUUACUGGAAAUUUUUUUUUUCCACCGGACCAUUAGAAAGUUUGAGCCGGGACUUGUAAUGAAGUGUAAAUAUGAACAAUUUUUUUCAUUGACAAAAAAAAACUGACAUUCAUUUCCAUCUUGAAGCCUAAUUGUGUUUUUUUGGCCUUUUUCUAGUAGUAGGCUGCAGGGAUGGGAAUUUCAGAACCACUCCAUGCAUUUUCUUGUAUUCUGUUCUUAAGUCUGUAUUUUCUUUUGUAUACACAAUAAUGCCAAUUUCUUCAACUUCCCUUCGAACUUUACAACGCGAGUUAACAAAGUUAUGCAAAAGUGGGUCGUUUGAUUGUCACGCCUGUUGUCACGUUGUUAAGAUAUUACUGAACUUAGUGUUUUUUUUGUCACAUCAUGUGACAAAAUAGUCGUACUCGAUGUAGACAUAACCAUUGAAUUUGAAUUUUGAAAUAAUUACACAAUUUUUUUUGAUAAAAAUAAUCACACAAUUUGAUCACAAUCUUUCAUAUAAAUUUCUUCCCUGACGAAAGAACACUCAUAACAUAUUCCAUCUUGUCCUCGCAGAUUCUGCUUUUAGUUGCAGGGAUGAGAGUUUCAAAAUUAGCCCCUGCAGUUUCUUAUAUAUCGUUUUUAGCCCUAUAUUUUUCUUUCUACACAGUAGCAUCAACUUCUUCAAACUCCUUACAAGAUGACUUCAUCAAUUGUCUCCACCAAAACACAAAUGUCGAUUUUCUACUGGACAAAACAUUCUUCACUCCUGAUAGGAACGCCUCGAUGUUCAUUGAAGUCCUUAACUCGACGGCUCAAAAUCAACGAUACUUGACCACAUCAAUGCCUAAACCAGAUUUCAUAUUCAAACCGGCUCAUGAAUCUCACGUCCAAGCUUCCAUCAUAUGUUCAAAGAAACUGGGAAUUCAUCACCGCGUUAGAAGCGGCGGUCACGAUUUUGAAGGCUUGUCCUAUGUUUCAUAUAUAGAAACACCGUUUAUAAUUAUUGAUCUGUCGAAACUGAGACAGAUCAAUGUUGAUAUUGAAGACAAUAGUGUUUGGGUUCAAGCUGGUUCUACAGUCGGUGAGCUUUACUACAGAAUUUCAGAGAAGAGCAAGAUUCAUGGAUGUCCUGCUGGUAUAUACCCGAGCUUAGGCAUUGGUGGGCAUAUAACAGGCGGUGCAUACGGUUCCUUGAUGAGAAAGUAUGGUCUUGCUGCUGAUAAUGUUCUAGACGCAAAGAUAGUUGAUGCUAACGGCAAGUUACUAGACAGAACCGCGAUGGGAGAGGAUAUGUUUUGGGCGAUUAGAGGAGGCGCAGGAGGGAGUUUCGGGAUAAUUUUGUCAUGGAAGAUCAAGCUUGUUCCAGUUCCUCAAACCCUAACUGUCUUCACGGUCACCAAAACACUAGACCAAGACCCAGGAUUCAAGAUUCUUUCAAAGUGGCAACAAGUUGCGGACAAGCUUGUUGAAGAUCUCCUCCUACGCGUGUUCUUCACCAUAGCUGGAAACAAUGAAAACAAGACAGUGGCGAUGUCAUACAUAGGUCAGUUUCUUGGCGAGAAAGGCAACUUGAUGGAGGUUAUGCACAAGGAUUUUCCAGAACUAGGACUAACUCAGGAGGAUUGUAUAGAAGUGAACUGGAUCGAAUCCGUUAUUUACAACUCUGGAUUCCCGACAAGCACUCCUCCUCCUCCUGAAGUUUUGCUUCAAGCAAAGUCACCUAUGGGAGAAGUUUACUUCAAAGCCAAAUCCGAUUUUGCUAAAGAACCUAUUCCUAUUUUAGGUCUUAAAGGGAUGAUCAAGAAGAUUCUUGAAGAAGAAGCUGCGCUAAUGGUAUGGACUCCAUACGGUGGAAUGAUGGAUAAAAUCCCUGAAUCUGAGAUCCCGUUUCCGCAUAGAAGCGGAACCAGCUUCAUGAUUCUGUAUUACAGGAGCUGGUCAGACACCGAGAAGAGACCAGACAUGCGUAUCAAAUGGAUCAGGGAGUUGUACAAUUACAUGACGCCUUAUGUCUCAAGUAACCCAAGACAGGCAUAUGUGAACUACAGAGAUCUAGACCUGGGACAGAACAGCAACAACUCAAAGACAAGCCUCAAACAAGCUCAAGUCUGGGGAGCAAAGUACUUCAAAGACAAUUUCAACAGAUUGGUGAAGAUUAAAACAAAAUCUGAUCCAGAGAACUUCUUCCGACACGAACAAAGCAUCCCAUCUCUUUACUGAAGCUAAGCUGGUGAUAUAAUACUCCCUCUGUUCCAACUUUUUAGUAUUUUUACACAUAUUAAUAAAACACGUUAAACUACCAUAAUAAAAUGUAUCAUUUUCUGUAAUUUUCAAUUUUCGAUAAAAAAAAAAUUCAAUAAAGUCAACUAAUUUUUUUGAAAA